AUGCGCUACGCAGUCCUCGUCACUGGACCCGCCGGAGCAGGCAAAUCGACCUUCUGUUCCGCGCUCAUCACGCACGCGCAGACCCUCGGGCGGUCGGUCCAUUUGUUCAACCUCGACCCCGCUGCCGAGCGCUUCGACUAUGAGCCUACUCUGGACAUACGGGACCUCAUUAAUCUGGAGGAUGUGAUGGAGGAGCUGGAGUUUGGACCCAAUGGCGGACUAAUCUAUUGCUUCGAGUACCUUCUAAACAACCUCGACUGGCUAGAUGACGAGCUCGGCCCUUACGCGGACGACUACCUAAUCAUCGAUUGUCCCGGCCAGAUCGAGCUGUACACACACGUCCCCCUCCUCCCACGACUGGCACACCAUCUGGAGUCCCAACUAAACUUCCGGAUCUCCGCGACGUAUCUCAUCGACUCGCAGUUCAUGCAGGACAAGACCAAGUAUUUUGCGGGCGUGAUGAGUGCGAUGAGCUGUAUGAUGAGCUUGGGGGUGAGCAUGCUGUGCUGUAUGAGUAAGAUGGAUCUAGUCAAGGAUGGGAAGGGGCGAGUGAGGAGAGAAGUGGGGAGGUAUCUCGACCCAGAUCCAGCUUUGCUGUAUGAGGACGUGGGGGCGAGUAGUAAUCCCAAGUUCCACGCUCUGAACCAGGCGGUCGUGUCUUUAAUAGAAUCCCAAAACAUAGUAUCCUUCCUUCCUCUCGACUCGACCAACGAAGACUCAGUCAACACCAUCCUGAGCCAUAUAGAUAACAUGAUGCAGUACGGCGAGGACGAGGAGCCAAAAGUACCGAAAGAUAUGGACGAGGGAGGCGGGGACGAUUGA